AUGAUGACGAUGACUGGCCGUGUGCUGCUGGUGUGUGCCCUCUGCGUGCUGUGGUGCGGUGCCGGCGGUGGUGGACGAGCUCAAGCAGCUUCUCCGGAUACUACGUCCAGUGAAGAGAAACCUCAAAACGUGAAUGAUACCACAGGUGUCGUUGGUGCAGGAGAAGGUGACAAAAACGAUAAACAGGCGGCGCCUAAAGCACCCGCAGCACCAACGACGUCAGGAUUACAGGGAGCGCCAGCGAGCCCGUCACCGGCAACAGAAUCCGGAGGAGCAUCAGAAACGCCAGGUGCAGCAAAUGACAGCAAGCAUCAAAAAGAAGACGAAAAGGAGGACGAAGAAGACGAGGAGGGAGAGGAAGAGGAGGAGGAAGAGGAAGAAGACGAAGAGGAAGAGGAUGAUACGAAAGAAGUGGAGGGGACAGGGGAAGAAGAAGCUGUUACCAGCACCACAGGGGAGAUCUCAGCAGGCGGUCAAGAGCAGCCAAAUUUAUCAUCUGGUGCGGCGGGAGCAUCGAAUAUAACAAAUCCCAACAGCACCCAAACAACUGGAGACGAUGUUUCAGCAGCCGAUGGUGCAGGGACACCAGAGGGAAAACAAAAUGAAAAUAAAGAUGCCAAUCCGAAAGAAACACCAGUCGAAGCCGCAGUCAUGAAAACUACAACGGCGACGACUGGCGACAGUGACGGCAGCACCGCGGUCUCCCACACCACCUCCCCUCUUUUGCUUCUUCUUGUUGUUGCGUGUGCGGCUGCUGCUGCGGUGGUGGCCGCGUGA